GUGGAUCUUUGCUGUGGGUGUGCACGGACCCGGCACAAUUGAGACUCCCUGCAACUUGUCGCGUCAAGCAGGUGCAACCACUCAACGCGCUCUGGGUCCCUUCAGGCGCGUCCCACCAUCAGCUCAGCUCAAGCUCAUGUUCCAGUCAGCCUUCGAUUUUGCGGCAAGCUUGUGUUGAUAAAGUCCCGUCUCUGGUCUCCAUCAUCUUCUUCUUCCAACCUGCAUCCCAUUCUCAAGCCAGCAUUUGUCUCCUCGUCGUCGUGCGCAAAACAACCCGUGCGAGUCAACCAACCGAAUACUCGAAGCCUGCCCCUCUUCAUCCAUUGUUGAGGCCGAUCUUCUGUUUCCACGCCAACAGCAUUCUCCGCGACGUAGUCCUGCAACGACUUCAAUCACGCUCACAGCGAAUCUCUCUUCUUCACCUCACGAUCCCCCUCAAAUCGCCAUCAUGUCCGUCGUCGGUCUUUUGGGUGUCAACAUCCUGAACAACCCCGCCAAGUUCACGGACAAGUACGAAUUCGAGAUCACCUUUGAGUGCCACGAGCAGCUCGAGAAAGAUCUCGAAUGGAAGUUGACCUACGUUGGUUCUGCUACUUCUGACCAGUACGACCAAGAACUCGACUCCCUUCUCGUCGGUCCCAUUCCCGUCGGCGUCAACAAGUUCAUCUUUGAGGCCGACGCGCCCAACACGUCCCGCAUUCCCGAGACUGACAUUCUGGGUGUCACUGUGGUCCUGUUGACCUGUGCCUACGAUGGUCGUGAAUUCAUCCGUGUCGGCUACUAUGUCAACAACGAAUACGAUUCCCAGGAGCUGAUCGAUGAGCCCCCUGCCAAGCCUCUCGUCGACCGCGUCCGGCGCAACGUUCUGGCCGAGAAGCCUCGUGUAACCCGCUUCGCCAUCAAGUGGGACUCCGAGGCAUCUGCGCCCGCCGAAUUCCCCCCUGAGCAGCCCGAGGCCGACCUCGUCGCCGACGGUGAUCAGUACGGCGCCGAGGAAGCCGAGGAGGAGGCUGCUGAGGAGGCCGCUGAGGCUGACAUGGACAAGGAAAAGGCCCAGCCUGGCGAGGACUCUGAGAUGGGAGGCGUCGAGACGGAGCAGAACGCCAACGAGGAGGAUUCCUCCGACGAGGGCAGUGUGGACCUGGAGGAUGAGAGCGAGGACGAAAUUGAGGAGGAAGACGAGGCCGAUGGUGCUGCUGGCACUGCUGGUGACGACGCCAUGGAGGUCGACGCCACCGACAGCAAGCCUGCUGACAGCACCGCAGGCCCCAAGCCCGUCAGCGUGGCUUCCUAGUUGCCUACUCAUGCAAAGUACCGAAUACUAAUUCGUUAAAGUCGGUCCACUGUUAGUGGCCGUAGAUCAGUUUGUGUUGUACGGUGUUGGGUCAUAGAUUACGAGGGUUACGACGCGAUGACGGAUAACAGGGAGGGCCUAUAGGAAGAUAUCACAUGGUUGGCCCGUUAGGAUUUGAGACAGGAAUAUUCAAAACCUCGUCA